UCCACUCUGUGUUUCUUUCAAGUUUAGUGAACUUUCAUUAAUUUUACGAAAAUGACCGGAAUUGAAUUCAAGACCAGCCCUUCCAGAACUGGAGUAAUCAUCAAGGGAGUCAACGACCAAUAUGCGGAUGGUAAAAUGGCCAAAGUGUACAAGGCUUUCAUCGGAGAUGAAAAUGCAAGAACCGAAAAUUACAAAAGAUUUUUGAUCGAUUUAUUGAGGAAAAAAGGAUGCAAACGUAUUCUGGAUGUCGCUUGUGGAACUGGAAUUGACUCAAUCAUGCUUUUGGAGGAAGGAUUUGAUGUUGUUUCAACUGAUGGUUCUGAUAAGAUGUUGAAAUAUGCUUACGAACAAAGGUGGGAGAGAAGAAGGGAGCCAGCUUUCGAAAAUUGGAUUAUUAGGGAAGCCAAUUGGUUGGAAGUUUAUGACACGGUUGAGGAUCUUGUUGGAGAUGGUUUCGAUGCUGUAAUCUGCUUUGGUAGUUCAUUUGCCCAUCUUCUGGAUUCUUACGGCGACCAACGCGAGCAAAAACAAGCCAUAAGAAACUUUGAGAAAUGUCUAAAACGUGGCGGAUUGCUCCUUAUUGACCACAGAAAUUACGAAAAACUUAUCAAAGGCCAAGCCCCAAAGAAAUGUGUCUUUUAUGACGCCAACUACAUUACAAAUAUUACAACUUCCGUUCUUUCGGUGAUGGGAAAACCGGCGUUAAUUAUUAGGGAUUACAUCGUUCUGAGUGACGAAACAAGCGAUAAAACCAAUGGUGUUAAAAAGUAUAAAUCUGAAACUCCUUCCACGACAGAAUUGAGAUUGAUGUUUCAUCCUCACAUGGUGAAUGACUUUAUAAACAUGUUGAAAGAAAUUUUUGGUGAAAAAUCAUCAUUUCACACAUUGGGUGAUUUUAAAAAUUUGGGAGAAAUUGAAGAUCCGACUUUCUACAUCCACAUUGUGGAAAAACAAUAAAAAGCUGGAUAUUGAAUUGUGAAUAAAA